AUGGCGAAGUGCUGUUUGGAGAUGUUGGAGGAGGCCGAGAGGGAUGCGUACCAGGCGCUGCGAUGGCAGUUGGAGAUAUUUUGCCCGGGCAUUGAGAGCGGAGGAGAGGGGUUGGAAUCGAUCCUGGACGCGCUAGUGUCGCAGCUAGAGAACAACACGGAAAAUGCGGAGGUGGUCUCGCCGCACCCGAACCUGCUGGAAUCUCUCAUCAUCUGCUCGGCAGUCCUCGACAAGAGGAGCCCUGGAGCCGGGCGCAACCCCAAGAACAGGACCCUAGCGCUGGUCAGCAAGGAGCGAGUGGGUCGCUAUACGGAUACUCACCAUCUGGCUUUGGCGACCGAUCUGGAGCUGGCCUUCAACUGCCUGGAAGAGGGCGCCGAUGACAACAGCCUCGAUGACACAGAACAACCCGAUGUUGCCAAGCUCUUCCGAGGCAUAUCCCUCCGCUGCGAACGGUCUCUCGGACCCAACCACAUCCUCACCUGGCGGGCGCGACUCGGCUGCCUUUUCACAUCAAACAGCAUGGAUCCCGUACGAGAGCGCCCCAUAUUCAGGCGUGAAGUCUCGACCAUAAUGAACGAGCAGGUCGUGUUGAUGGGCGAGUGCCACCCGCUUGUCCUAGACUCGCGGUGGCGCUUAUUUGCGUUCAACCUCCUGGUCUACCGCGACGAGGACGCGCACCAGAUGGGCUCGCAGCUGCUUGACUCUCUCAGACUCAAAGAGAUACGCCAGCAAAGAAUGAUGGAGAGCCUGCAGCUGGAGGAGAAGGUGGCGAGGAUCUAUGCGCUCGAGCUGACUGACCAUGAGCAUGCGUUGCCCAUCAUCACCGACAUCCUCGAGUAG